AUGGCGUCACGCGCGGCUGUUCCGUUUCUGGUGGCUAUGAUGUUGCUGACUGGUGUCUGCAACACGCUGCUCACCAAGUACCAGGACAUGCAAUGCGUACGACACUGCGAUGGAGACCCCAACAAGCGGAAGCUCUUUAAUCAACCCGUACUGCAAACGGCCCAGAUGUUCGUCGGCGAGAUGGGCUGCUGGCUUGUCAUUGGCCUCAUGGCACUCUACAGUCGCUUCUUUGGAAAUGCCGCCGCCGUGGCAGACACGGAGUAUCAGGCCAUCAACACUGACGAGGCCGCCGACAUCGGCCCCGACGCUGAUGCGGGCGCCGACGACGACGACCGCCGCAAGGGCAGUCUGCUCAAAGGAUUCGGCAUCGUUCUGCUCGCGCUACCAGCCGUCUGCGAUAUCUUGGGCACUACACUGAUGAACGCUGGCCUGCUUCUCGUGGCCGCAUCUAUCUACCAGAUGACUCGUGGUGCCUUGGUUCUUUUUGUCGGGCUCUUCUCGGUCAUCUUCCUGCGCCGCCACCUCUUCCUCUUCCAAUGGCUUGCGCUUGCCGGAGUUGUCACCGGUGUCGCCGUGGUCGGUCUCGCGGGUGCCAUCUGGCCCGACGAGAAGGUGCGCAACACCGGCGAGGCUGUCACUGGUGACGACGCCGACGGUCUCUCUGACGCGGCCCGCGCUAUUGUCGGCGUUCUCCUGAUUGCCGGCGCGCAAGUCUUUACUGCCACGCAGUUUGUCCUGGAAGAGUGGAUACUGGAAAACUCACCCAUCGAACCUAUCAGGGUCGUUGGCUGGGAGGGCAUCUUCGGCUUCCUUGUGACAGUCGGUGGCAUGGUGUUUAUGCACUUGAUUGUCGGCCGCACCGAGGCAGGCCGCUACGGCGCCUUUGACAUGGUCGAGGGAUGGCGCGAGAUGACGCAGUACAAGCCGAUCUGGCUCACUAGCCUGUUAAUCAUGAUCAGUAUUGGAACCCUGUUCAUUUGGGUUGUUUCGCUGGGCUUGGGCUGGGAGUCCUUCAAGUGGUUGCAAAUUCUCGGUUUUGCCAUCCUCGUCUAUGCCACCUUUAUCUUUAACGGUAUCGUGAAGCCGCCGCUGAAGUCUCUUUGCCCUGACGAUGAGGUUGAGCCCCUGCUAGCAGAAGAUCCUAUUGAGCAUCUAUAG